UUGCAGGACGGGGGGAGUUGAAGGGAGGAUGCUGAGCUACUUCGGAGCAGCAGCGGGAGUGGUAGGUGGAGCGAGGCUAGCGAGGACGGAGCCGGCCUCUCCUCGGCUAUGGCCCGCCUGGCAGAUUAUUUCAUUGUGGUGGGCUACGACCAUGAGAAGACAGGCUCAGCAGAUGGCUUGGGGAAAAUAAUACAGAGAUUUCCCUUAAAGGAUUUGGAUGAUACUCCUUUUCCACAAGGAAUAGAGUUGUUUUGUCAACCUGGAGGAUGGCUUUUAUCCAGAGAAAGGAAGCAGCCUACAUUUUUUGUGGUGGUUUUGACAGAUAUAAACUCUGAACGACACUAUUGUUCUUGCCUAACAUUCUAUGAAGCAGAGAUCGAUUUGCAGGGGUCAAGAGUAACUGAAGGUGAGCAGGAAUCUGGGUUGAUUCAGCCUGCAGAAGUAUUUGCUCCCAAAAGUCUAGUAUUGGUAUCCAGGUUGGAUUAUCCAGAAAUAUUCAGGGCUUGCCUUGGCUUAGUGUACACUGUGUAUGUGGACAACCUGAAUGUCUCAUUGGAAACUCUCAUUGCAAAUCUCUGUUCAUGCUUUGUUCCUGCUGCUGGAGGGUCACAGAAACUGUUUUCCUUAGGAGCAGGAGACAGGCAACUGAUACAAACUCCUUUACAUGAUAGCCUUCCAGUUACAGGAACUAGUGUGGGUCUUUUAUUUCAACAAUUAGGAAUUCAAAAUGUGCUGAAUCUAUUCUGUGCAGUCCUUACAGAAAAUAAAGUCCUCUUUCAUUCUGCUAGUUUCCAAAGACUGAGCGAUGCCUGUAGAGCAUUAGAGUCCUUAAUGUUUCCUCUCAAAUAUAGUUACCCGUACAUUCCAAUUUUACCUGCACAACUCCUGGAGGUUCUAAGUUCACCAACACCUUUUAUUAUUGGUGUACAUUCUAUCUUCUGUAAUGAUAUCCAUGAACUAUUAGAUGUAAUCAUAGCAGACCUAGAUGGCGGUACAAUUAAAAUUCCUGAAUGUAUUCACCUCUCCCAGCUUCCAGAACCACUGCUGCAGCAGACUCAAACUUCUCUGUCUCUAGUUUUAUAUCCAGAUUUGGCAACAGCAGAUUAUGCAUUUCCUCCCCCUCGAACUGCUCUGUCACAUUCCAAAAUGUUGGAUAAAGAGGUGCGUGGAGUCUUUCUUAGAUUAUUUGCACAACUUUUCCAAGGAUAUAGAUCCUGUCUUCAGCUAAUCAGAAUUCAUUCAGAACCUGUAAUAAACUUUCAUAAGGCAGCUUUCUUAAGCCAACGGGGCUUAAUUGAGAAUGAUUUCCUUACCAAAAUUCUGAAUGGAAUGGCAUUUGCAGGUUUUGUGUCAGAGAGAGGUCCUCCAUAUAGAUCCUGUGAUCUCUUUGAUGAGCUGGUAGCAUUUGAAGUAGAGAGAAUUAAAUCUGAAGAGAGCAAUUCAUUAAAAGUGUUAAAACAUAUCCGAGAACUCGCGGAGCACCUAUUAAAAAAUGAGAAUCCAAAUCCUCAUAUGACAUUCCAAAAAGUUCCACGACCUACAGAAGGAUCUCAUCUACGAGUUCAUGUACUUCCUUUUCCCAGGAUUAAUGAAAAUCAGGUUCAGGAUUUAAUUCAGGAAAAUUUGAUUAAAAACCAAAGUGCACCAUCUGCUUCUCGCAUUGAAAGGAAAUGUGUUGUUCCUGCUGGCCCACCUGUUGUUUCCAUAGUAGAAAAGGCAAGCACAGUUUUCAACAGUGCACAAAGACUGGAAGUUGUUAGAAACUGCAUCUCUUUUAUAUUUGAAAAUAAACUUUUGGAGACUGAAAAGACCUUGCCUGCUGCACUGAGAGCCCUCAAAGGAAAAGCAGCUCGACAAUGUUUGACACAGGAACUAAGCCUCCAUGUUCAACAAAAUCGUGCAAUUCUGGAUCAUCAACAAUUUGAUUACAUAAUACGAAUGAUGAACUGUACUUUGCAGGAUUGUUCAUCUUCAGAAGAAUAUAAUAUUGCUGCAACAUUAUUACCAUUGACAACUGCUUUUUAUAGGAAAUUAGCUCCUGGAGUCAAUCAAUUUGCAUAUACCUGUGUCCAAGACCACCCAAUAUGGGCUAACCAGCAGUUUUGGGAAACAACCUUUUAUAGUGAUGUGGAAAAUCAAAUUCGCUCUCUGUAUCUUUCAACUAAGGAAGACAAUCAUCCACAACACUUAAUGCAAAAGGAGAAGUUUUCCGAAGACCAAGGGCAAGAAAAAACUGCCAUGGACUUGGCAGCUGAGCAGUUACGUUUGUGGCCAACGCUUAGUAAAGAGACUCAGCAACAGCUGGUACAAAGUGAAGAAAGCAUGGUAUUCAGCCAAGCAAUUCACUUUGCCAACCUCAUGGUGUAUCUGUUAGUGCCACUGGACACCAGUAAAAACAAACUGCUAAGAAUGUCAGCUACAGGAGACUGGGAGAGUGGAAGCAAUAGCAUUGUCACAAAUAGCAUUGCAGGCAGUGUUGCAGAGAGCUAUGAUACUGAAAGUGGUUUUGAAGAUUCUGAAAAUAAUGAUGUUGCCAAUGCUGUGGUGCGCUUCAUUACCAGAUUCAUAGACAAGGUUUGUACUGAAAGUGGAGUUACACAGGAUCACAUCCGAAGUCUUCAUUGUAUGAUACCAGGUAUUGUAGCCAUGCACAUUGAGACUCUGGAGGCUGUCCAUCGAGAAAGUAGGAGGCUGCCACCAAUACAGAAGCCCAAGAUUCUACGACCAGAUUUGCUGCCAGGGGAAGAGUUUGUGUGUGAAGGUCUCCGUGUGCUCUUGGAUCCUGAUGGCAGAGAAGAGGCAACUGGAGGAUUGCUUGGAGGACCUCAUAUUCUUCCUGCAGAAGGAGCUUUGUUCCUUACUACAUACAGAGUUAUAUUUAAAGGCACCCCUCAUGAUCAACUAGUUGGAGAACAAACAGUUAUUCGGAGCUUCCCUAUUGCUUCAGUAACAAAGGAGAAGAAAAUUACCAUCCAAAACCAACUUCAACAAAGUAUGCAAGAAGGGCUGCAGAUCACCUCAGCUACCUUUCAGCUGAUCAAGGUAGCUUUUGAUGAGGAAGUGAGCCCUGAAGUUGUAGAGAUAUUUAAGAAGCAGCUGAUGAAGUUUCGCUAUCCUCAGUCCAUCUUCAGUACUUUUGCUUUUGCAGCUGGCCAAACAGCACCUCAGAUCAUCUUGCCAAAGCAAAAGGAGAAAAACACUUCCUUUCGCACUCUUUCAAAAACAAUUGUAAAAGGAGCAAAACGUGCAGGGAAAAUGACAAUUGGCCGGCAGCACUUACUAAAAAAAAAGACAGGAACAAUCAUAGAGGAAAGGACAAAUCGUCCUGGAUGGAAUGAAGAAGAUGAUGUCUCAGUUUCAGAUGACAGUGAAAUGCACACGAGUGGUACUUUGAAAGCAUCAGAAAAAUCAACAAUGGAGCAGCUAGUGGAAAGAGCUUGUUUUAGAGACUAUCAGCGGUUGGGGUUAGGAACCAUCAGUAAUAGUUCUUCACGUUCAAAAACAGAAUACUUUCGAAUAACAGCUUUAAACAGGAUGUAUUCCCUUUGCAGAAGUUACCCAGGAUUGCUAGUGGUACCUCAAUGCGUACAGGACAGCAGCCUGCAGAGAGUAGCUCGCUGCUAUCGGCACAAUCGCUUGCCAGUGGUAUGUUGGAAAAACUCAAAAACAAGUACAUUCCUGUUUCGAGCUGGUGGUUUCCAUGGGAAAGGAGUUGUUGGCCUUUUCAAAUCACAAAAUACACAAACCUCAGCUCCUACAUCACUUGAAUCAUCAAGCAGCAUAGAACAAGAAAAAUACCUUCAAGCCUUAUUGAAUGCAAUUUCUGUCCAUUGUAAAUUGAAUGGUAAUAAUACUCUUACCAUCAGACCAGCAAUUGCUUUAUCUCCAGGUGUGUGGGCCAGCCUUCGUUCUAGUGGUCGAUUUAUCAGCACUCAGAUGCCAUUCCUUGAUGUGGGUGCAAGAUUAGCAGGAAAGGAUGGUUCACCUUCAUUCACCAGCAGCGGUGCCUAUUUGCAGAACCGACUCCUCAAGCGACAAGCUGCUCUUUACAUAUUUGGAGAAAAAUCUCAACUCAGAGGCUUCAAACUUGAUUUUGCUUUAAAUUGUGAAUUUGUUCCAGUUGAAUUCAGUGACAUCCGGCAAGUGAAAACUAGUUUUAAAAGACUCAUAAGUGCUUGUGUUCCUAGCAAUAUUCCAGCAGAUUCUGAAAUAACAUUCCUGAAAGCUCUUGGAGAGUCUGAAUGGUUCCCUCAGCUUCACAGAAUAAUACAAUUGGGUGUUGUCAUAUCAGAGCUACUUGAAAAUGGUUCCUCAGUUUUAGUUUGUCUGGAAGAUGGCUGGGACAUCACGGUGCAGGUGCUGUCUCUUGUGCAAUUACUCAGUGAUCCAUUCUAUCGAACACUUGAAGGAUUCAGAAUGCUAAUAGAGAAGGAAUGGUUAUCUUUUGGUCAUAAGUUCAGCCAGCGCAGUAAUUUAACUCUCAAUUGUCAAGGAAGUGGAUUUGCACCCAUUUUUCUGCAGUUCUUGGAUUGUGUGCACCAGAUUCACAGCCAGUAUCCAACAGAGUUUGAAUUCAAUCAGUAUUACUUGAAGUUCUUAGCAUUUCAUUAUGUUUCCAAUCGAUUUAAAACAUUCCUGCUGGACUCAGACUAUGAAAGACUGGAACAUGGAACAUUAUUUGAAGAUAAAGGAGAAAAACACGGCAAAAAGGGAAUUUGCAUUUGGGACUGCAUUGACAAAAUACACAAAAGGAGUCCGGUUUUCUUCAAUUAUCUCUACGCGCCAGUUGAAACAGAGGUAUUAAAACCAAAUGUCAGCCUUUCCUGCCUUAAGAAAUGGGAUUACUACACAGAAGAGACUUUAGCCACAGGCCCAACCUAUGACUGGACUAUGAUAAGUGCAAAGUGUAGUACCUUGGAUGAAACAGAUCAGAUGGAUAUGUCAUCUUCCCACAAUAAGAGAAAAAUUGUCUGGCCAUGCUAUGAUAACCUUACUAAAGUGCAACCUGAUGCCAUCACCAACUUAUUUAGUGAAAUUGAAAGACUGGAGAACAAAUUAAACCACAGCCCAGAAAGAUGGCAGUCACUGUGGGAAAGAGUUAAAGUAAAUGUGAAAGAAGAUUCAGGGAAAGACAAUCAUCAGAGACAUCCUUCUGGCUCUUCGGCAAUGUCUGUCAACCUGCACUCUUGUCAGAAGAGGUCUAUAUUGCAUCUACCAGACAGUGGCUUGGGUGAAGAACGGAACAGCAACAUUUCAUCUUCCAAUGGUGUAGAAAGGAGAGUAACAACACUGUACAAUCAGUUCACAUCAAAACACGAUGAAAAUAGAUCUUUUGAAGGUACCCUUUACAAAAGAGGAGCUUUGCUAAAAGGUUGGAAACCACGCUGGUUUGUGUUAGAUGUUACAAAACACCAGCUAAGAUAUUAUGAUUCCAUGGAAGAUGCUUGUUGUAAGGGCCAUAUUGAGCUUGCAGAAGUAGAAAGUGUAAUCCCUGCUUCACCAACUAUUGGUGCUCCAAAACAUGCUAAUGAAAAAGCUUUCUUUGAUCUAAAGACAAGUAAACGAGUGUAUAAUUUUUGUGCGCAAGAUGCACAGAGUGCCUACCAGUGGAUGGACCGGAUACAAAGCUGCAUUUCCGAUGCAUAAUAAGGAAUUUAUUUUUGCUAUCAUCAUCAUCGUCAUUUAAAAAGUAUCUGUUGAUAUGCCUGAGUAACUCUGUUUCCAAGAAGAAUUGUUUAUUGCAGUUCAAACAGCCUUAUAUUUCAGCCACAGUGCUCAGAACAUCAUAUUUCUUUUAGUUGAUAAUUUAUAUAAUGUCUCGUUCUCCAUUUGGAAGAUACUAACUAACCUCAUUGCCCAGAAAACCUCAUCUUCAAUACAAUUCCAGGCUAAGUGAUCCCAGAGGGAUAACUUUUUUCUAGACACAGGAAUGAAUAAUCCAGCAGAACACUUAAUUUUUGGAAAAUAAUCCUGUAUUUAUCUUUAAUCUUAUUAGCUUCCUAUUUUAGAAAAAGGGAUUCGUAUUCAGACCAGCAGUGUUUUCUGAGAAAGAGGUUAUUUAAACCUUUAAACCCUGGAGUCCAAUAAAAAGACACACUCAAGGCACCAUAAAUUAAAAGAAGCAGUUUCUUUUCUGUCUCUUGCUUUCUGAACAUUCUGUCUUGAGAACUAUCUUACCAUUUUUCUACUAGUUAAUUCAUCUUUGUAGAUGAAUGGAAACCAAGAUCAGGCCUCAGGAAGAGGAAAUGCUAACAAAUACAAAAGUUGUAUAUUAACUUAUGUGCUGUUCUGUUCAUUGUAAAAAGAAAAAAAAAUGCACUAAACAAAGCAAACACUUGCACUGAAAUCUUUGAAAACAGGCAUUUUGAAGGAGAGAAGUAAAUUAUUUAUAGCAAAAUGCUAGCAAGAUAACAACAAUUUAAGAUAAUGAUAUGUACAUAAUUUGGCUUGAUGUGAUGUAAUUUGAUACUUUAAAUGUUUUUGCACAUAAAUUGGAAGAAUGUUUUUAGAUUUUUUAACAUUUGCCAGUGUGUUUGUUCAUCUUAAAAAUCUCUGACAAUUUUUUUACAAACCAAAAUAAAAGCUUUUCUUGAUAGUGACUUUUGAGUGUAACAGCCCUAGAAAGAAAAUAUGUUUUCUUUAAAAACUAAUUCAUUAAAAUUAAUAGCUCAAUGUUUGUUUAUACUAGCCAGUAUUUUCUAGGGUUUAGUGACGUCACUUGUAAGUUAAUGGCUGAGUUCACAUGUAAUGCUAAGUCAAAGUUUAAUGGAAUAAGGGUAUCUUACUUGGACUGAUGAAUGAAUCUCUUCCUUUGGUGUUUUGGAAGCUGUCAUAUUAAAUUCCAUUCUAAGAGCUGAAUCUGGACAGUGAUUAAUCUUCACUAAAGUUGUCUAUAACAAGCCAUUGGUUUUUGAAAUAGCUUAUUUUUUUACUAACCAGAGUUAAAAUUAACCACAGUUUAUUAUUAUGAACCUUAAAUUAUGAUUUAUCAAAACUAAAUCAAGAACUGUUAGUGUGCUUCUCUUACAUAUGUUAGAGAACGCAAAGAAAAGGGGAGCCCAAAGGUCCAAAGCUCUCAGUAGUUCCUCCUGAUAUUAAACCACGGUUUAGCAUUAUGUGCAAAUCAAGCCAGUAUUGACUAAAACUGAUUUCACUUGUAGGAUUUCAGUUUCUGGAAUUGUUUACCUUUUUUAAAAAAACCACUAUUUUCCCUAUUUUUCUAAUGAAUAGUGAAUACAGAUUUCACACUACACAAAAUAGGAAAUAUUUCUUUUUUAAAUAUAUUUGGAUUUCCAAACUUAAAGAAAUGAAGGAUUUUUCUAGCAUUUUCAGCUGAUAAAUUACCACUUGUGAAAAAAAUGGUGUUUGCACAUUCAUGUACUUUUCUUUGUAUAUGAAGUACUUUUCUAUGUGCUUUGUAAAAAAUAAUGAUUGUGUUUGUUUUAAAGUUGUUAAAAAAUAUACACUACUCAUACAGUUAUAACUAGGAAUUUUAAUUAUUUUAUAUAUGUUCCAUAACUAGCAUUUGUUAACUACCUUGUAAUAAAGAUACUUCAUAUGACAACAUUCCUUCUUUAUCCAGUGGAAUAGUUAAUACCAUAUCUUUAAUUGUAUAAUUUAGAUCCCAAGUUAUCCUGUAAUAAAAUUCAUAUUUUUGUACAGAAAAUGCCAUUUUGCAUGUGAAAAACUGUUCUUUGCUCUAUUUUUUCAUUGUUAAAUUCAAAGCAUUCCAUGAAUAUCACAAACUGGCCAUAUCAGUUAGCUGCCUUGAAAAGUUAAGCUAUGUAUUUCAUUCUGUGUUGACUGAAUAAAUAA